UGGUUUUAACACCCUCUGAUGUCCGUGAAUUCUCAUUGUCCGUGAAGGCAGCAACUCAUCUGCUAACGAGUGCUAGGAAGAAAGCGUAACCAAAGGAAGGACACUUAGGGAUUGUGUUCAAAGCUUGCUUUACAAGUGUUGCCUCUUUUUUUCUGCUCAACAUGCUCAAUCCUCAGAGAUCCCUGUCCGAACUCCCCAAGAUGUCGUCUGCCAAUCAAGUGGAGAGAGCAGUUCUGGAGGAGGAAUUCAACUGGCUUCUUAAAGAAGAAGUACAUGCUGUUCUUAAGCAGCUGCAGGAUGUCCUCAAGGAGGCUUCAAGACGUUUCACCAUGCUGACGCCUGGCCUGGAGAGUCAGCUCAAACAGGAAAAUUUCAUCCUGGGCAGCUCAACCAUGGAUCAGGUGAAAGGAGUGCUGACACUACAGGGAGAAGCUCUGACUCAAGCGGACAUCAAUUUAAAGGUUGCAAAGAGUAGUCAAGUGCUACACUUCCAGUUUAGGGAGGACAAGCAGUGGAAACUCCAGCAGAUCCAGGAUGCGCGAAACCAUGUCACACAGGCUCUUCAGUUGUUAAGCAGCCAUGAUGAGAAUUAUGACUUCAAAACAGGGGCAGAAGUGAACAAGCUAAUGGACGCUGUGAUGCUCCAGCUGACACGCGCACGAAACCGCCUAACCACCCCAGCGUCCAUGACACUGCCUGAAUUGGCCACUAGUGGGUUGAUGAAAAUGUUCACUCCUCCCAUGCCUGGUGACGUAAUGGUGAAUUUCUACAUCAACUUGAGCAAACUGUGUCUCACCGUCUAUCAGCUUCACGUCCUGCCUCCCAACACCACCAAGAAUUUCAAACCAACUGGAAGCUCUGUGCUGCACAAUCCUGGGGCCAUGUUUGAGCUCAACAACAACCGGUUUGAGGUGAGCCACGUGCACAAGGUGGAGUGUGUCGUCCCCUGGCUCAACGAUACGCUGGUGUUUUUCACCAUUUCACUACAACUUUGUCAGCAGCUCAAAGACAAGAUUUCUGUCUUUUCCAGUUUUUGGAACUACAGACCUUUCUAAUCACCUCACAGUCAAUGUCUGACUUAAACAACCACACAAGUGUGAUGGAUAUGCUCUUAUUUAUAUUGGUAGCUAUUCUCAAGCCAGUUUAAAGUGUUGCAUGGUCAUCAGAAGCCAGUUAGACGCGACAAACGUGUUUGCCGCUUUCAUUUUGUGACCGACAUUCCUCUGUUUUGCAUUUCACAGGACUGACUACAACCUGUUCUUGAAUGUAUGUUUUUAUUUGAGUUCUUUUUAUGUUCAAGCAAUGUUGCAAGUAUCGAUCAUGUUGUACUUUCCAGUUGUUGUUGUUGUUUUUUUUGGGGGAGGGUAAACGCUAAUCUCGGCACUCAGGCGAAAAUAGUGCAAAGGGAGACAGGUUAUGGAAUGUUCAUUUCCAUUCACAGAGAGAUGAGUUUAAAUGUUCAUAGAUUCCCUCACAUGCAAAAUUUUGGUAAGUGAAAAACUAUUCAUGAGAAUUAUGGGAAUUUUACAGGAAUCAAUGGGUAUAUAUACAUAUGCAUUAAUUUAACCACAUGCAGUUCUGCUGAGGAUUAUUGUGCUUUGGCAG